CAGUGGGCGGCAGCAGCGGAUCAGGGGCCGCAGGAAGAGGAAACUUCUUCGGGGUGAAGUGGGAGCUGGUGUCCAUCUUAUUUACACCCGUGAGAUUGCUAAAUUGACGGAUUUUUCAGGAGUCUAAAAGUUGAAAACCGGGUCGUCAGAGAUGAGCAGUUCAGAGGAAGUGUCAUGGAUCUCCUGGUUCUGUGGACUGAGGGGGAAUGAGUUUUUCUGUGAGGUGGAUGAAGACUACAUCCAGGACAAGUUCAACCUGACGGGGCUCAAUGAGCAGGUUCCUCACUACCGCCAGGCCCUGGACAUGAUCCUGGACCUGGAACCAGAUGAGGAGCUGGAGGACAAUCCCAACCAGAGUGAUCUGAUCGAGCAGGCGGCUGAGAUGCUGUACGGCCUCAUCCACGCACGCUACAUCCUCACCAACCGAGGCAUCGCACAGAUGCUGGAGAAGUAUCAGCAGGGAGAUUUUGGCUACUGCCCCCGAGUCUAUUGUGAGAAUCAGCCGAUGCUUCCUAUUGGUCUGUCAGACAUCCCAGGAGAGGCCAUGGUGAAGCUGUACUGCCCCAAAUGUAUGGACGUCUACACACCCAAGUCCUCCAGGCACCACCACACAGAUGGAGCCUACUUUGGCACUGGUUUCCCCCACAUGCUCUUCAUGGUUCACCCGGAGUACCGGCCCAAGAGGCCCGCCAACCAGUUUGUCCCGAGGCUGUACGGCUUCAAGAUCCACCCCAUGGCCUACCAGCUGCAGCUGCAAGCCGCCUCCAGCUUCAAGAGCCCCGUCAAGGCCAUCCGCUAGAAGAAGAGGAGGAUGAAGAUGCCUGGAGAGAGAGAGAGAAGGCAGGAAAGAAUUACUGGACGGAGAGGGGUCACCUGAUUCUACAAAGCUCUCCAGAUGCCCCCUCCCCUCCCUGAAGACUGUAUUAUUUUGGUUUAGAUUAGGGCAAAUGAAAAAGAUUUUUGAGUGUGAGCGAGACGUUAAAAAAACAAACGCAGAUAAACACGCAUUUGGUUUUCCAUCUUACCAAACUCGUCCGUGCCAAAAACAGAGGAGGAAGCUGAACGUCACGAGCACACCGAUGAGAGAAUUAUGCUGUUGGUGGGUGACGCUACGGUUUGGUUUGUGUUUUUUGUUCCCGUUCGGAGGCGACGGAUGGAAAGCUGAAGGCUCUGGGUUUGUUCUGUAUUUGGCACAGUUUGGUAACCGCUGGUGGUAAACCCUCCCUGCAUGUCCACUCAGGCUGACACCCACACAGACAGCCGCUGUUUUUCCCUGCAUCACGUUAAAAUGUGGUUCAUCGCACAAAGCGUUUAGCUAAAUUUGCCUUAAGCUACAGAGAAACACCCCGGUUGUUCUGCUGUCCCCACGUUUCCUUCUGCUUCUACGCUAGAAAUAGAUCAAACUUAAUUUUUCUAACGAGUCCGUGUCGUUUCUCCAGCUGUCUGUGCGAGUGUCAGACUAAUUCCUACGCGAGAAUAAAUCCCACGCUACGUUUUUCCCCCCCAGAGGUUUCCCCUCCUGCAGCAGCAGCAGGUUUGUACCGUCGAACACCUUCCCUCUUAGCUUAAUCUCCGCUACGGGAGCAGUUCGACAUUCGGGGAAAUGUGAGAAGUGAGAUGAGAAAAUCGAUCCCGCCGAUGUCCGUACGGUGAAUAUAACGCUACAGCCGUUAGCUCGGACUGGAAACGGUUAGCCUGCUUCUGUCGUGCAGUCAGAAAAGCUUCAAGCAGCACCUCUAAAACAGAAAUGUGUGCUUAGAUAGACGGCUGUUGUGACGUAUGAGCUCACUAACUGUCUUAUUACACGAAAACUGAUUUAUAAAAACAACAAUUUGCAGUUUUUAAGAGUGUUAUGAGCCAUUCAAGCCAAUGUUGCACCGUAUUCUGUGACCACAAGGGGCGCUGUUGUAUAGAUGUUGCUUCAAAAACAGAUGGUGUACGUUUUAGGUGACAGACUUUCAUUCUGUUUAGUUCAGCUGUGCCCCUAAACGCCCUCAAAGACGUCUGUUUAACGGAAGGAAGAGCUCUCGUUGGGUUUGUUUUCUUUGUCCUGUGGUCACAUUUUAUAAUAGCAGCAGAAUAUGGCACAACACUCGUCUCACAACACCUGAAACGUGUUUUAGUUGGAUGUAUUCUACAAAUAAGAGGUGCUGGUCGGAUCUGACGCUCGUUUAUUAACAUGUAGCCUAAAAAUGCACAUUUUUCUUCAACUUAAUGGCACAUAGCGCAGAGGGUAAGAUGAGAAAAUCGAUCCAGCUAAUCGAUCCAGCUAAUGUCUUUACGGUGAAUAUAACGCUACAGCCGUUAGCUUGGACUGGAAACGGUCAGAAAAGCUUCCAAGUAGCACCUCUGAAACAGGAAUGUGUGCUUAUAUAGACGGCUGUUUGGGGGGUACAACGAAAUGCUAACUUGUUGUACGAAAACUGAUUCAUAAAAACAACAAUUUGCAGUUUUUAAGAGUAUUAUGAGCCACUGGAACCAAUGUUGCACCGUAUCCUGUGACCACAGAGGGCGCUGUUGCACAGAUGUUACUUCAAAAAAACAUGUUUGCUGAUAUGUAAUUAGAUGGUGUAUGUUUUAGGUGACAGACUUUAAUUCUGUUUAGUUCAAUUGUGCCCCUAAACAGCCUCAAAGACGUCUGUUUAACGGAAGGAAGAGCUCUCGUUGGGUUUGUUUUCUUUGUCCUGUGGUCACAUUUUAUAAUAGCAGCAGAAUAUGGCGCAACACUCGUCUCACAACACCUGAAACGGUCGUUUUAAUCGGACAUAUUCUACAAAUAAGAGUUGCUGGUUGGAUCUGAAGCUCAUUUAUUAACAUUUUUCUUCACUUUAACAGCACAUAACGCUGUUAAAAAUAGCCAAAUUGACAUUUUUAAAGACGCUAGACGGAUCCAGGCUGUCUGUUUUCAGUCUUGUAGCUUCUUAUUAGUUUUCUCAUCUGGAUCUGAAGUGAAUAUUUCCCCCAAAAUGUCCCGACUGCUGCCGUAAAGAUGGAGGAGACUCAGAGAAUCUAGACAAUCUGAAUCCUUGGGCUCACUCCACAUCUGCACUGAUCCUGCUGGUGUCUUUAUUUAUGUUCAGGUUCACAGACAGACAGACAAACCACCAGCCGCUUGUUUUUCUUUCUCCCUCUCCUCUUUUAGUGUGACUGCAGUAGACUCUUCUUUUUCUCUUUUUUGGGGGGGGAUUUCAUGACACCAGAGAAGCGGUAUUUAUGCGUCCAGAUUUUAACUCAUGUUGUCGUCGUCUUUCUGCUACUGUGGAAGGGUGAGCAGGAUUCAGAAUUCUCAAUAAACUUCUAUUUUCUUUUCAUA